AUGAUCGAUCGGAUUGCCGUCCGAGUUGCGCAAAUCCUUGCCAACGCACAGGGACGCGAACGUCAGAAUACAGAACGAUCAGGGCAAUCUGAGGGAAGCACUGCACCUACACCUACACCAACUCCACGAGAAGAACCUCGCCAGGAAAAGAAGACUUUCAUUUCAUGUAAUCCUCCUUCAUUCGACGGGAAGAAAGGUGCUAUUGAGGCACAUGAAUGGCUAAGUGAGGUAGAAGCCAUUCUAGACGUCAGUGAUUGCCAUGAAAGAAAUAAAGUUAGGUUUGCUGUUCAUUUGUUUAAAUCCGAAGCCUUAUUUUGGUGGAGGAUACAAAAGCAAACUAGAGGUGAUGAUCUGGCACAUCACCUGAGUUGGAAGGAGUUUUCAGAACUGUUUACAAAUUACUUCUGUCCACCAAGCGAAACUGACAGAAUAGAAAAGGAAUUUUUGCAUCUUGAACUCGGGAAUAAGACAUACCGGGAAUAUGUCACCAAAUCCAAUGAAAUGUCUCGAAUAGUGUCUUACUUGGUGAACCCUAAAGAAAAUCGUAUUCGAAGAUUCCUGUGGGGACUCCCCACAGAAUAUCGCACGUUUAUCAAGUCUACCAAACCAACUACCUAUCAUGAUGCGGUAGAGGCCGGGGCAACUAUCGCCACUGAGAUCCAACAAAAGAAAACCCCAGAAACUAUCCCGAAAAGGAAAUGGGAAAACUACCAAGAACAAAAGAAACCCAAUUACAGAGAUUUCAAGAGGCAAAGAGGACCCCCACCUAGGUGCCCAACUUGUGGAAAAGGACAUUCCGGUCCAUGUAACCAGUUAGUCUGUAGAAACUGUAAGAAACCUGGACACAACUAUCGUGAUUGUAGAGAGCCACGUAAGUGUUUUAAAUGUGGAGAGACGGGCCACUAUAGUGAUAGCUGUCCUAAGAGGAAUGAGGAACCUAAUAAAGCAAGAGGGAGAGCUUUUGUUCUGAAUACUGAAGAGGCUCGUAGGAACCCUGAUGUCAUAACAGGUACAUUUCUCCUUAACAACUUUUAUGCUAAAAUACUAUUUGAUACUGGUACUGAUAGAAGUUUUAUAUCUGAGCACUUUAGAGUUUUGAUUCAUCAGACUCCUUGUAAGCUAGAUAAGCCAUUUAUAGUAGAACUAGCAGAUGGGAGGGAAGAAGAAAUUGUGAGAGUGGUAAAGGAUUGUACCAUCCAGAUUAGUAAGACCCCAAUAUCCAUAGACUUACUACCACUGAAACUUGGAGAGUUCGACGUAGUAAUAGGAAUGGAUUGGUUAUCUAGUCACCAAGCUCAAAUAUUGUGUGAUAAGAAGCAAAUUCAAAUUAAGGACCCAAAAGGGGGAACUGUAACAAUUGAUGGGGAAAGACCUAGUAAACCCAUAAGUUUUAUUUCCAUGUUAAAAGUAUCCAAGUGUAUUCAAAAGGGUCAUUUAGCUUACCUAGUAUAUGCACUAGAGGCAAAGGAAGAAAAGAAACUAGAAGAGGUAGCAGUAGUGGCUGAAUUCCCUGAAGUAUUCCCUGAAGAUCUUCCCGGAUUACCACCUGACAAACAAAUUGAGUUUAGAAUCGACUUGAUCCCAGGAGCAACCCCUAUUGUCAAAGCCCCGUACCGCCUUGCCCCGACUGAAAUGAAAGAGUUGAGAAACCAACUCCAGGAGUUACUAGACAAAGGAUUCAUACAUGAUAUCCUAAUCUACUCUAAGAGUAGAGAAACACACGAGGGUCAUCUCCGUGCCAUUCUUAAGUUACUAAAAGAAGAAAAACUUUAUGCCAAGUUCAGUAAGUGUGAAUUCUGGACUAGGGAAGUCCAAUUUUUAGGGCGUGUUGUUAAUGAAAAGGGCAUACAAGUGGACCCUACAAAGAUUGAAGUAGUUAAGAAUUGGGAGGCACCAAGAAAUCCCACAGAAAUUCGACGUUUCCUAGGGCUAGCAGGGUAUUAUAGAAGGUUCAUUCAAGAUUUCUCUAAGAUAACGAUGCCUCUAACGACACUGACUCAGAAAAAUACCCCAUUUGUCUGGGGCAGCCAACAAGAGGAAGCUUUUAAUCUUUUGAAAACAAAGUUAUCCAGUGCCCCAGUACUUGCAUUACCCGAGGGUACCGAAGAUUUUGUAGUAUAUUGUGAUGCUUCUCAUUAUGGACUAGGGUGUGUGUUGAUGCAAAGAGGCAAAGUUAUCGCCUAUGCAUCUCAACAGUUAAAGAUACAUGAAAGAAAUUACACCACCCAUGAUCUAGAACUCGGAGCAGUAGUAUUUGCCCUCAAGAUAUGGAGAAUUGAAGUGAAAAUAUGUUUACUAGAACGAAUUAAGGAUGCACAGACACAUGCCCUGAAAGUUGAGCAGAUUAACAAAGAAAGGAUGGUGGGAAAACAAGAACUACUUGUUAAAGGAGAAGAUGGAAUACUAAGACUCCACAAUAGGAUUUGGAUACCUAUUGUGGGAGGACUCAGGGAUAUGGUGCUGGAAGAAGCACAUAGAUCAAAGUAUACAAUGCAUCCUGGCAGUACGAAGAUGUACAAGAAUAUUCGAGAUGAAUAUUGGUGGCCAGGGAUGAAGCAAUCAAUCAAUGAAUAUGUGGAAAAAUGCAUGACGUGUUCACAGGUCAAAACAGAACAUCAGAAGCCUGCAGGAUGUUUAAUCCAACCCGAGAUCCCUUAA